CAAUCACUUUUUCCAGCAAUCCAAUACGAAUACGUUGCUUGUACUAGUACUUGCCAUGCCUGUAUCGUUCCUUCUAUGGAUCGAUAGAUAUACGAUUGCGACUGGACCAAAUCUCUUUGCCUCUCCUACAGUUUUUUAGCACCACUCGAAAAGCACAAUCGCAAAAACCAACAACCAUGACAUCAUUCAACUUCAAUCGCAGCAACAGGACUAGGCACCUUUUGGUGCUCGGACUAUCUAUCGUGGUAUUUGCCGUCCUCGGAAAUUUCGUGGAAAGCAUCAACCUUGUCGCAAGAGUAGACGAGGAUUCUAAAUUAUUCAGCAACAUCAAAACUGGCGACAAUAUAGGCCGCAUUCGUGGGAGCAGGGUCCGCAGGGCUUUGUCCUCCGAUGACGAUGAAGGGAAAGGAGCAAAGGGCAGCAAAGGGUCAAAGAACGGAGACGACGACGACGACGACAGAGGAACCAAAGGUGGAAAAGGCUCUAAGAGCGGAAAAGGAUCAAAGAAAUCCUACUAUGGGGACGAUGAUGACGAUGGAAAGGGAUCCAAGAGCGGAAAAACAUCGAAAAGCGCUAAAGGAUCCAAGGGCGGAAAAGCAUCGAAGAGUGCAAAAGGAUCAAAAAGUUACUUUAACGGAGACGACGACGACGAUGAUGAUGGAAAAGGAUCCAAACGUAAGAAGGGGUCAAAGACAUCUAAGAGUAGGAGCAAGAAAAGCCAUAGCAGCACCACAGAAUCCAGGAUCGAUGUUGAGAGCUCCUCCGUAGAUAAACCAAAAAAUUCCAUGACCUCUCAAGAAAAAGAUCACAAAGAACACAUCGCCGAUAUCGGAGAGCAAGGUCGGGGCAUUUUUGCUGGCAUGCGACCUGACCUAUGGGGUGAGCUUAACGAGGAAGAUCAGAGCGACAAAAUCGUCGUUGACACCACUCAAUCCCAACAACAAGAUCUUUCUCCGAAAGAGGAUAGCAACAGUGCUGCAAACGAUAGAAUUGUCGAAAGCACCCAAUCCCAAUCUCAACAUUCAAAGGAAGACAUUGGUGGUACUGGCGAGGUAACCAUCGAGGAUACAAGCCAAUCUCAAAAACAAAUUCUAGAGGACGACAUUGAUGGUACUAGCGAAACAACAGUUGUCGAAACUACCCAUUCCCAAAGUCCAAAUGAAGACAUUGGUGUUGCUGAUGCUGUAACCGAUAUGGAUACAACCCAUUCUAAAGACAAUAUUCUAGAGGAUGAUAUUGGUGACAAUAGUGCGACAGCCGUUGUCGACGCCACCCAAUCCCAAGGUCUAAAGGAAGAGAUUGGUGGCACUGUCGAAGAAAACGCCGAGGAUACAACCCAUUCUAAAGAACAAAUUCUAGAGGACGAUAUUGAAGGCAAUAGUCAAACAUCUAUUGUUGACAUCAUCCAAUCCAAAGAAGAAAAUAUUUCUCCAGAAGAAAAUAUCCCUGAAGGAACUGGCGAUACAAUUGAUGCCGACACAGCUCCAUUGGAAGAAGAGAAGAAUAUUCGUACCGUUCAGCUUUUUCAUCCAGAAGCUUUGGAUGAAUGUGUAACAUACGACAAAGAGCUCGAAGAAAUGACUAUAUUCAUGUCAGAAUGUUCAACAUUAAACAACGAUACGAGACACGAUGAUUACUGGGAAAUUCUUCAAGCAAGAGUAUCAAUAAAUAAUACGGAAGGAAAUACCUUCCAUUUGCGUCACAAAGCGACUCAAUUGUGCAUACCAAUGAACACGGAAAAUCCUGAUGCUUCCUUCAAUUGCCAGCGGUACUUUGGAAUGAAUGAGGCAAUUGCCGAUUCUUUCAACGGUUUGAUUGACUGUGAUAGUGGUGUUGCUGCUGUCUUUGGAAUGGGUGGGGUCUCAAAUUCAUUAUACCUAAAAAAUGCCGGUUGUUCUGACAUGGCGAUAUCAGAUAACAAGUCAGAUCUGGACAUCGUAUUUAUCACCUAUCAAAAUCCCGUUGAAGAGAAGCGCGUGGUGGUUUUAGGUCAAUCAAUUUUGUUAGAACUUGGAGGUGCUGUGGCCAGCUACGAUUUUAGGACCGAGUGGGCCUUUUUGGACGUGAAGGAUAUUGAUAGAGAGAAGAAAGUGGUCGCACCGCAACCACAUUCCGAUCUUUUCGAUCAUAUCUUUCACCUGAACGAUGGGAAAAGCAAAAACGGAAGCUCCCCCGCGAAGAGGACGUAAGAUGGACGACAGCAAUGCAACAAGUUGAAUUGAUCGGGAAGUGACAAAGAAUGUACAGGGGAAAAUCUGUCACUUUUUGCCGUUACGGCACCUACUUAUCUAACUGCCAC